CGGGGAGAUGAUUCCUCAUGAAGAGCCUGGAUCCCCUACAGAAAUCAAAUGUGACUUUCCGUUUAUCAGACUAAAAUCAGAGCCAGCCAGACAGUGAAACGGUCACCGUGGAGGGGGGACGGCGAAAAAUGAAAUCCAACCAAGAGCGGAGCAACGAAUGCCUGCCUCCCAAGAAGCGCGAGAUCCCCGCCACCAGCCGGCCCUCCGAGGACAAGGCCACCACCGCCCUGCCCAGCGACAACCACCGGGCAGAGGGCGUGGCAUGGCUCCCCAGCAACUCUGGUGGCCGAGGCCACGGGGGCGGGAGGCACGGGCCCACAGGGACUUCUGUGGAGCUUGGUUUACAACAGGGAAUAGGUUUACACAAAGCAUUGUCCACCGGGCUGGACUACUCCCCACCCAGCGCUCCCAGGUCGGUCCCCGCAGCCACCACGCUGCCCACGGCGUACCCUCCCCCGCAGUCAGGGACUCCCGUGUCUCCCGUUCAGUACGCCCACCUUCCGCACACCUUCCAGUUCAUCGGCUCCUCCCAGUACAGCGGGCCCUAUGCCGGCUUCAUCCCUUCGCAGCUGAUCUCCCCAUCGGCCAACCCUGUCACCAGUGCAGUGGCCUCUGCCGCGGGGGCCACCACUCCAUCCCAGCGCUCCCAACUGGAGGCCUAUUCCACCCUGCUGGCCAGCAUGGGCAGCCUGAGCCAGGCACCGGGACACAAGGUUGAGCCGCCGCCUCCGCAGCACCUCGGCCGGGCUCCGGGGCUGGUCACCCCGGGGUCCCCCCCACCCACCCAGCAGAACCAGUACGUCCACAUUUCCAGCUCUCCGCAGAGCAGCGGGCGCGCGGCCUCUCCUUCGGCCAUCCCCGUCCACCUCCACCCGCAUCAGACGAUGAUCCCGCACACGCUCACCCUGGGGCCCCCCUCGCAGGUGGUCGUGCAGUACACCGACUCCGGCGGCCACUUCGUCCCCCGGGAGUCCACCAAGAAAGCCGAGAGCAGCCGGCUGCAGCAGGCCAUGCAGGCCAAGGAGGUCCUGAACGGGGAGAUGGAGAAGAGUCGGCGGUACGGGGCUCCGUCUUCGGCCGAGCUGGGCCUGGGCAAGGCGGGCAGCAAGGCCGUCCCUCACCCGUACGAGUCCAGGCACGUGGUGGUCCACCCGAGCCCUGCGGACUACAGCAGUCGAGAUCCCUCGGGGGUCCGGGCCUCGGUGAUGGUCCUGCCCAACAGCAGCACGCCCGCAGCUGACCUGGAGGUGCAGCAGGCCACGCACCGGGAGGCCUCCCCGUCCACCCUCAACGACAAAAGCGGCCUGCACUUAGGGAAGCCCAGCCACCGGUCCUAUGCGCUGUCACCCCACACGGUCAUCCAGACCACGCACAGUGCUUCAGAGCCUCUCCCUGUUGGGCUGCCCGCCACCGCCUUCUACGCGGGGACUCAACCCCCGGUCAUCGGCUACCUGAGCGGCCAGCAGCAAGCAAUCACCUACGCCGGCAGCCUGCCCCAGCACCUGGUGAUCCCCGGCACCCAGCCCCUGCUCAUCCCCGUGGGCAGCACUGACAUGGAGGCGUCCGGGGCAGCCUCUGCCAUAGUCACGUCGUCGCCCCAGUUCGCUGCAGUGCCUCACACGUUCGUCACCACCGCCCUGGCCAAGAACGAGAACUUCAACCCCGAGGCCCUGGCCACCCAGGCCGCCUACCCAGCCAUGGUGCAGGCCCAGAUCCACCUGCCCGUGGUGCAGUCGGUGGCCUCGCCCGCCGCGGCGCCUCCCACGCUGCCGCCCUACUUCAUGAAAGGCUCCAUCAUCCAGUUGGCCAACGGAGAGCUCAAGAAGGUGGAGGACUUGAAAACGGAAGACUUCAUCCAGAGCGCAGAGAUCAGCAACGACCUCAAGAUCGACUCCAGCACGGUGGAGCGCAUCGAGGAGAGCCACAGCCCAGGCGUGGCCGUGAUCCAGUUCGCGGUCGGGGAGCACCGAGCACAGGUCAGCGUUGAGGUUUUGGUAGAGUACCCUUUUUUUGUGUUUGGACAGGGCUGGUCAUCCUGCUGCCCAGAGCGAACCAGCCAGCUCUUUGAUUUGCCGUGUUCCAAACUCUCUGUUGGGGAUGUCUGCAUCUCGCUGACCCUCAAGAACCUGAAGAACGGCUCUGUUAAAAAGGGCCCGCCCGUGGAUCCUGCCAGCGUCCUGCUGAAGCACUCAAAGACGGACAGCCUGGCGGGCAGCAGACACAGGUAUGCCGAGCAGGAGAAUGGAAUCAAUCAGGGAAGUGCCCAGAUGCUCUCUGAGAAUGGUGAACUGAAGUUUCCAGAAAAAAUAGGAUUGCCUGCAGCGCCCUUCCUCACCAAAAUAGAACCCAGCAAGCCCACGGCCACGAGGAAGAGGAGGUGGUCAGCUCCGGAGACCCGCAAACUGGAGAAGCCCGAAGAGGAGCCACCUUUGACUCUUCCCAAGCCCUCUCUCAUCCCUCAGGAGGUCAAGAUCUGCAUCGAGGGCCGGUCUAACCUGGGCAAGUAGAGGCCGACUGGGGAAGGAAAUGUCUCUCCCUAACCAUCCGUAUCCAGAUUACUGUACUGUAGGCUAAGAACACAGUAUUUACAUGUUAUCCUCUUACUUUAGGUUUCUGUUCUAACCUUGUCAUGAGAGUUACAGCAGGUGUGUCACGGGAGACUGGUGCAUUUGCUUUGUCUGAGAGUGUCUGUCGGGGAGCAGGCGGGUGGAGGGGGGGGUCAGAGCAGUGACAAUCCAGGCUCCAGGCAUCCUGGGUGGAAACGAAUGUGGCUUCACCAGCGUCCGCCUUCUCCAGCGGCACCGAGGCAUCCAAUGGGCACGGAUUCCCUCUCGUUUCAAGAGAGAGUUCCACGGGAAGGGAACUGCCAGGGUGCAGGGUGCGUGCCUGUGGGGGUGCACGCCUGUGGGGGUGCACGGGUGCGGCGGUGGAGAGCGGGCGUCUCUUUUUCUCUGCCUCUCGCUGUCAGCAUGGGAAUGGGGGUCCCCAGCAGUGUCCUCCUGGGGUUCCCUGUGUGCAAAAUCCUCAUCAGGAACCCAGCUUCAGGGUGUCUUAGGGAGACAUCAGAUGGCAGAUAGAAAGCUGACAGUUUCAAAGAACAUUUUUCUCUCCAACCUAUUUUACAAUAAAAGCAACUUUUAAUCAUAUAGAUAUAUAUUUCCCCCUAUGGGGCCUGACUGCACUGAUAUAUAUAAAAAUAUAUAUAUUUUGUUUUUAAAAAGAGCAACUGCCACACGUGGGAUUUCCUUUCUGCUUUACAAGUGCAGUGAUGUCACCAGGGUGUCACCGUGGGCAGGGAAGCCCCUGCUCAGGUCGCUCCAUCGGGGUGGGUGGGCGGGAGCUGGUUUCUGAGCAGUGUUAGGACAACCAAUCAGGUUAUUGCAUUGACUCAGCUCCCAAGAGGUGGCUGCAAACUGCCAUCCAGCGAGAGCAAUGAGGCUCUCCCAGUUGAGUUUGCAAAAUCUUUUGUCUUUUAACUCUAGUACUGUUUAUAGUUCAUCACUAUGGACAACCCGGGUGCCACUUUUUUCAGAUUCCAGUGGGAUACGAGGAAUGAGAUUUGGAAGAUGAGCAAAUAUUACUAUCUCUAAGCACUUAAAAUGCUGUUCACACUUUACUACCAAGCAUCUUGGUCUGUCAUUUAAUGAGUACUGUAUCUCACUUAAAACUCUUUGGGAAGAGGGAAAAAAAAAAAAGGAAAAAACUUAGUUGCUUUCUUUCUUUUCUUUUUUUUUUUCCCCCAACACUGUAACUGCAUUUCAACUCUGCAGAGUUGCUCACGAGCAAGAUACUGAAAGUUUCAAUGUGGUUUAAAGGGAUGAAUGUGAAUUAUGAACUAGUAUGUGACCAUAAAUGACCACCAAGUACUACCUGACAGGAGACACUUGCCACUUUGAUGUUGGAGAAGGAAUUCAAGGCAUAUGCAGAGUUGGCAGAGAAACUGAGAGAGAAGGGAUGGAGAAAAGAAUACUCAUUCUUGUCCAGUGUUUUUAAGAUGAACUUUUAACGAACCUUGCAAUUUGCACAUCUUGAGUUUAUAAUUUGUGUGAUAUUCCUGCAGUUUUUAUCCAAUAACAUUGUGGGAAAGGUUUGGGGGACGGAACGAGCAUAAAUAAAUGUAGCAAAAUUACUUUCUAACCUGCCUAAACGCUAGGCCAUUUUAUAAGGUUAUGUUCCUUUCAAAAAUUCAUUUUGGUCUUUCUACCACAUCUGUCAUGAAAAGCCAGGUCUUAGCAGGACAACUCUGAGAAUUUUCUUCAGAUUCAUUGAGAGAGUUUUCCAUAAAGACAUUUAUAUAUGUGAGCAAGUUUUUUUUUUUUUAAAAAUUACUUUAUUAUUGUUCUUAAUGUUAUUUUCAGAAUGACUUUUUUUUUUUUCUAUUUGAAAUCAAAUCAAGAUUUAAUGUUUGGUACAAACCCAGAAAGGGUAUUUCAUAAAGUUUAAACCUUUCAUUCCCAGAGAUCUGAAUCAUCAUUUGUGGGUUUCAAGUGAAUCCUAACAUGCUUUACAAAACAACAACAACAACAAAAAAAAAAUGUUUUAUAAGUAGGGAGAAGUUUUUAAAUAUUCUUACUUGGAUGGCUGCAGCUAAACAAAUAUACUUAUUAGAUUUUUCUUUUUGCAGUGAAAGUAGUACUUCUUCCAUUUCACAAAUUUAAAAAAAAAAAAUCCUAACAUCAACCCACAGGUUAGCUGUCUAGUAUUCAUUCACAUUUAGCUCUCAGCAGGACUAAUGAUUUUUAUAAACCAGUUUCUGGGGUGUACCAAAAACAUUUAAAUAGGUUUAGAAAUAGCUAAACUCCUUCCUUGACUUGUCUUGAAACUUCAUUACCCUCUCGGCAUGCUAGCAAAGCUAGGUGGGCUCUCCGCAGUCCUCCUGCUUAGUUAGUGCUGUUUUUCUUAAACGUUUCUGUUCAGAGAACUUGCUUAAUCUUCCAUAUAUUCUGCUCAGGGCACUUGCAAUUAUUAGGUUUGGGUUUUCUUUUCUUUUCUUUUUUUUUUUUUUUUUUUGUUUUUAACCUUGAAUAGUGAGAGGAACACGGGGCUACCCCACGGACUCUGUUCUCAUUCAUACCACUAUUUACAACAGCUCACGUGGGCUCAGAAAAACACACCCCACCUUCCAGGCCUGCUUUGCGAAUGGAACUGACCGCAUCCACUCAACCAACACUAAAACGGGAAAAAAAACACAUUUGGUUCGAAGCAAUAGGAGUACCAUCGCGAUUCCGUGGUCCUCCCCUGGGUUCCCAUCGCAUCCUCUUGCUCUCUUAGCAUGUGCAAUACUUUCUGUGCCAACAGAGUCUGACCUGUGUGCUUUCUAGUUAAAGCGCAUUUCCUUUUGGCUUUUUUUCCCUGUGUGGUUGGUGGAUCUUCCCCAUUCUGGCCAGAGAAGGGCUGGAGGGAAGGAACCAGAACGGGGAGCCCUCCCGCCUUCCCCCUGCUGUGGAUGCUGAGUGCUUGGGCGGACGGGGAGCCUGCAGGAGCCCCUCGUGUCUGUUGCCAUGUCACACAGAGAGCCAGCCCAGGAGAUCUGGGGGAAGAGCUUCAGUCCCCCCAUCGCCCCGUGAAAUAGUGAAUGGAAUGGAGGAAGGAGGCAGAUCACGUCCAAGACGCACCCUGGAGCCACGCAGGCUGGAGUCACCCAUUUUCCAUGGCCAUUUCUGCCAACAGGCAGGCCCCUCCUGGGGGUUCUGUGUCCUUGAGACCUGGAGCCCUGGCUCUGAGCAUGGGCAGCAAGCGUGGUGGCCCUUGGUGCACCGUGCAUGCCAUCCGAGCGUGCCGGCCAGUGGCUGUGGAGGGGAACCACCUGCCAACCUGGUCACUGCUCUCUUAUGGCAGCUCUCCUCUUCAAGUAGGAAGAACACGCACAAGACGGGAGCCUCCUCUGGUUUGCAGACAGGCGAGUCCGGAGCAGCCUGUCGCCGCUUCUGUGUAGCGAACCUAACAAUGACAGGGGUAGAAACUCUUCGGUGCCGGUCAGUGUACGAGGAUCAGCCACGUGCCUCUGUACUGUCCUCUUGGCAAUAUUCACCAACAGCCGUCUUUCUUUCCUCUUUCUUUCCCGUUUUCCAUUUUUUUAAAACUUAGAUAACAGCAGGCCUUUUACGUUUACAACUGAACACAAUCACCAAGAAAUUAGUCAGGGCGAAAAAGAAAAAAUAAAUAAUAAUAAUAAUACUAUUAAUAAGAAACCAACAAACAAGAACCUCUCUUUAUAGGGAAUUUCUCAAUAUAUAAAAAUGACUGUUCCUUUAGAAUGUUGAACUUGGGAAUCAUUUCAGUUUGUCUGGGCCACAAGGCGGGCAGAGGGGGAGGGAGGGGUACAGAGACGGCCACCACUUACCUCAAACCUUUAAAAAAAAAAAAAAGUAGAAAUACAAACUGCAUUUCAUUGGGACUUUGGGGAUGGUUUUUGACGUUGGUUUUUGUUCUCCCCGGUUCACCUGGUCUGGUCUGGGAUGAUAUGAUUUAUUUCCCCCGCUGUGGCAGUGACGGUGGCUGAUCCCAUUCAGUGAACUGUGACCCUGUGUGUUUUCUGUUCGGUGAGUGUGUCGGGUCCCCCCUCCCUCUCCCCUAAAGGAACUCUGCGGAACUUUCACACCUCUUACUCAGGGACGGGGCUGGUGUGUGUGGAACACUGAGGUCCAGCAGCGGCACUUUGCUGCUCUGGAGUAGGGCUGUGCAACUUCCAGGAACGUUUGGGUUUCCUGCAUCGUGUGAUCACUCCUUAGAUCCUGCAUAGACUGCAAUAGAAUGCUGCAUGUUCAAGACGAACAGUAGCUCCUGGUAUUCAUUAAAAAUCCACUCUUUGCACAUAGUUUGAAACCUUACUGAAAUAAGUUGCCAAAAUUUAUUUUUUUUUGUUGUCGUAGCUUUGGAUUCACUUUUGUUGUUUUUUUUUUUUUUAAGGAAACAAUUGACAAUACCCUUUUAACAUCUGUGACUACUAAGGAAACCUAUUUCUUUCAUAGAGAAAAACAAAAAAAAAAUCUGAGAUGCUUUUGAAGACACUAAUGCUAUGCUAUUUCAGACAUGGGUGGGGAAGCAGAGCUCUGGGGACAGAAAACCGGGCUUCUUGAGCCGCGCUGGUUGUCAUGGAUACUGUUUCCUGAAUCAGGAACUGCUCAACGAACUGGCCCGGUCUCUCCUGAAACCCUUGGCACUUCCGAUUUCCUAGUCACCCUCGAUAAAUCCAGGUGAAAACGGGGCCGGAGGUCUCCCUGGCCCAAUCCAGUUUCUUCAGUGAAUGAAAGAGAAUUACACUUUUUGGUUGUUUUUAAAGUGGAGUGGAGGCCGUUGCUUCUACCUUUUGUGUUUUUAACCCAGAAUUUCUGAAAUAGAGAAUUUAAGAACACAUCAAGUAAUAAAAAUACAGAGAACAUACUUUUUAUAAAGCACACGCGUAUGGUGUAUUGUGAUGGGUUGGUUUCCUCUCUUUUCCACGGACAGUGUUGUGUUUCUGUUCAUAAGGAAACUCCAAACAACUUGCACACCUCUACUCCGGAGCUGAGAUUUCUUUUACAUAAAUGACCUCGCUUCAAAUAUGUUACCUUACUGAUAGGAUCUUUUCUUGUAGCACUAUACCUUGUGGGAAUUUUUUUUUCCUUUAAUGUACACCUAAUUUGAGAAGCUGAAGAAAAAUAAAAAAUUUAAGCACUCACUUUGAGGAGUACAGGUAAUGUUUUUAAAUAAAAUUGCACAAAAGAAAAAUGAAUGUCGAGAUGAUUCAUUCAGUGUUUGAAAGAUGUGAUCUGUUGAAACAGUGAGUUUCAUACUUGUUUGUAAAAACGGAGAAGAAAAAGCGGAGAAAGGUUGAAAGUUACAUGUUUGGAAUUUUUUUUUUUUUUUGUAUAUAGAAAUUUGUCAUGUCUAAAUGAUCAGAUUUGUAUGGUUGUGGCCUGAAAGAAUUAUUACGUCAUAGGCUCUUAAAUGACACCUAUGCUUCCUGUGAUGUGUUUGUUACAUAGCCCUCGGCCGAGGGAGAGAAACUCUGCGUACCGCUGUUUGAGAAUACUGUUCAUUCCUGGCUGAAAGUACUUCUCAGAGCUCCCUUUUGAGUCUAAACUCUUCUAAGCCACUUGCAACUACUUUUUCUUCAGAGAUGAUGUUUUUGACAUGUUCAGCACUUCCUGUUCCUAUAAACCCAAAGAAUAUAUUCCUGAACAUGAAGUGUUUCUAAAAGGGAUCCUAGCUACCAAUAAAACAGGACUCAUUCUAAGGAUAAAAUUAUAUAUAUAUAUAAAAUUAAAAAAAAAAGGUUAGCCUUCUUGCCCCUUACACACACACACACACA